GAAACAGUCAACGAGUCACUGUCUCGUCAGUGGUCAAAACACACUGGUUAUUUCGAGCAUUUUCUUUCACGCAAAAAUCCUAAACUGUCAAAUGCUCAGGUGUACGAACGCCAGUCGCAUUGACAGCAGUGUUCAGGUUUGGUUAAAGGAGUUGAUAGUGCACGAUCGUUGAUUUCAACCGUAAUUGUCAAGAUGAGACCGGCUAGGAGGAGACAGCAGGGGUUAGAGUACGGUUUGUACUUGUUGGGAAUGCAAGCCGUCAAUUAUGGGAUUGAUAAAAUUCCCCCGGUCACCCUCGCUGCGAUUGUCGGACAAGCUCUACUUUACAUCGGCGUAAUCCAGGUUCCCUGGAAUUCUGAGGAUGUCUGCAUAUCAGCAGUGAAGAUCUUGAAGUACAAAGACUGGAGGUCCUUUUUCAUGUCCAACUUCGAGCAUGGCUCGGACAUGCAUCUGUACUACAACAUGAUAUCGUUUAUUCUUAAGGGAGCCUAUCUGGAGCCCAUGUACAGCACAGCUAAUUUCGGGAUCCUUCUGGGGAUCCUCUCCACGGGGUGUAGCGCCAUGUACGUCGGCUUGUCCUACGCACUCACUCAGAUCACAGGGGAUUAUGGGUAUUUCACGACCUGUGCCAUAGGAUUCUCCGGAGUUCUGUUUGCCCUGAAGGUCAUCGUGGUCUGCGAGGAACACGACAGGCUCCAUGAAAUAGGGGGAUUCAGAGUCCCUAGUAAAUUUGCUGUCUGGGUGGAGCUGGUCAUGAUCCAUCUGCUCGUCCCUAAUGCUUCGUUCGUGGGGCAUCUUGGGGGCAUUUUGGUCGGGUGUUUGUAUUGUUACACCUCCAUUGGGACUUUCAUCGACUCCAGGAUCAAUUCCAUUACUGGGAAACCUAUUAUUCAUGAAGAGGCUUUCUACCGAAGAAGAUCUGUAUUUUGAAGCCGAUUUUCAGAAUAUUUGAAAAUAAAAGAUUGAACAGAUGGGUUUUUGUGGACAAGAAAAUCCAGGAUCGUGUUAAUUUUCUGACGUUAUAUUUUGAACACUGAAGAAUGCUAUGUAACGAACAGCUACGUCUCUUUUUAUCGAAGAAAUAAAUUGUGAAUAAGGAUUGGUGUUAAACAUUAAGAACAAAGGACAAAAGUUCCUUCCAUUAAAUCCAUAAAUGUUUUUAUACUUUAAUUUUAUUACUUGAAAGAAUUUUUCAAAAAUCUUCCAUAAAUGUAAUUCAAAGACUCUCAAUUUGUUAAACAAAAACAAUUAUCUCUUUUGUAAAAAAUAUAUUUAUAACACGACUUAGAACUAGUACAGAUGUAAACUAUUUACAGUGGAUUAGUUUACGGGAAUGAGUCGGUGUAUUUGGAGCCUGAAGAUACAACUGUGAUCAACUGAGUGUAGUGUUACUUAAUAAAAAAACAGCAUGAAAUUUUGAUAGAA